GCGCCAAACAAAGAUGAGGAUCUUCACAAAGCUCUCUGCACCACUCUGCCUCCUUUUUGUCUUCCUCUGUCUUAAAACUACCUUCUCGUCCUCUAUACAUGCUUCUUCCUUCUCAACAAGGCAUCUCUGCCCUCAUGAGGAGGCUCUUGCUUUGUUGCAAUUCAAGACUUCCUUUUCCAUCAAUUACACCAUUCCUUUUCCAGAUUAUCCAGAUUAUUGUGCGGAUCAUUUUUAUACUAAACCUAACUAUUCUAAGAUUGAGUCAUGGAAGGAAGGUAUAGACUGUUGUUCCUGGGAUGGGGUUAGCUGUGAUAAUGUCACAGGCCAUGUAAUUGCCCUUAAUCUCAGCUGUAGCUUCCUUUCUGGCACCUUUCCUUCCAACGGCACUCUUUUCUUCCUCAGAAACCUGCAGAGCAUCAAUCUUGCCUUGAAUGAUUUUAGGCUUUCCAAGAUUCCAUCAAAAAUCAGUCAGUUUACUAGACUAAAGCAUCUUGAUAUCUCUUAUUCUGGAUUUUCGGGCCAAGUACCGGAAGAAAUCGCUCACCUCCCCAAGUUAGUUUCUCUCAAUCUCUCCAAUUUUGAAUUGAUCCUUGAAACAACUACCUUGAGAAAUCUUGUUCACAACUUGAGUGAGGUGAGAGAACUUGUGCUUAGUGGAGUGAACAUGGCAUCUGUUAAUCCUCGUUUCUUCAUGAAUCUCUCUUCUUCUUUGACUACUCUUGAUCUUUUGGAGAGUGCGUUAAGAGGAAACUUUCCAAACAGUAUUUUUUGCUUUCCAAAUCUCAAGAAUUUUUAUUUAAGCGGAAACUCAAACCUCACUAUUGAUCUUCCAAGUUCCAAUUGGAGCAGUCCUCUCCAAUAUUUGUUUUUAUCUGUCAUGGAUUGCGGAAGGCGAUUGCCAGAGUCCAUAGGAGAUUUGAAGUCAUUACAGUUUCUAGGUCUUGAAUGCAACUUGGAAGGUUCCAUUCCAGCUUCCAUAGGUAACUUAAGGCAACUUACUGGUCUAUACCUCUAUUCUAACAAUCUUAGCGGACAAAUCCCAUCAUCACUUGCAAACCUCACUCAACUUACCGUUAUUGACCUUUCAUUUAAUCAGUUUUCUGGUCCCAUUCCUUUUCAUGCAAGUAGCUUAAUUGGGAAGAUUCCAAAUUGUCUUCCUAAGUCUCUCUCAGUGUUGAAUUUGCAGGCCAAUUACUUUGAUGGAAAUAUAGCAUUUGGGUUUCCAGAGGGCUGUGGAUUACGAAAUCUCAACUUUCAUGGAAAUCAAAUGGACGGCUUAUUACCAAGGUCUUUGGUGAAUUGUAGCCUGUUAGAGGUUCUAGACGUUGGCAACAACAGCAUAGAGGAUACAUUUCCUCAUUGGUUGGAAUCUCUACCAAACCUUCAAGUGCUUGUCUUAAGGUCCAACAAGUUCCACGGUUCUGUGCAGAGCACCAAAGAAAGUCCAUCUUUUCCCAAGUUGCGAGUUCUGGACCUCUCUAGCAAUUAUUUUGUUGGUGCUUUGCCUGUUCGGUACAUUGAAAAUUUUAAUGCGAUGAUGGACCCUCAUAAAGAUGGUGGUUCCCCUGAAUACAUGAUGUUGUCGAUGAGAAUCGAUUCUUAUCAAUAUUCAGUGGUUGUAACAUGGAAGGGAUUCGACUAUGAGCUGCAGAAAAUCUUGACCAUAUUCAGUACUAUUCAUCUCUCAAAUAACAAGUUUGAGGGAGAAAUUCCAGAUGUUAUUGGAAAGCUUAGUUCUCUCAAAGGGCUUAAUCUUUCUCAUAACAACCUUACUGGUCAUAUCCCACCCUCACUAGGGAAUUUGACUAAUCUGGAAUGGUUGGAUCUCUCUUCCAACGAGCUAGCGGGGAAAAUUCCAGAUGAAUUGGUAUCUUUGACACAACUUUCUGUAUUGAAUCUUUCAAACAAUCAUCUUGUCGGACACAUACCACAGGGCAAUCAGUUCAACACCUUUGGAAAUGGUUCUUAUGAAGGAAACCUUGGACUGUAUGGAAUCCCAUUGUCAAAAUCUUGUGAUGGAAUUGGGACACCGGUGACCUCCUUCCAAGAAAAAGAUGAGUUGUGGAGAUUUGGCUGGAGAGUUGUGGUGUUAGGCUAUGGAUGUGGAGUUGUUUUUGGACUGCUGAUGGGAUAUCUUGUCUUUCGAACAGGAAAACCAAAAUGGUUUGUGUCUUUGUUUGAUGGCCGACCAAGUCAAAGUGGAAGGAAGAUGAGGAAAGCCAGAAGACUUGUUCAAAGAAGAAGCUAGUUGCAGAGUUGAUAUUUUAGAGCUUCUGAUUUAAUGUUUCCUGAAUAAGUGCUUUUAGGGUUUGAAGUUCUUGUUAUGGCUGGCAUUGGCUUGUUUAAAAUUGUCAGCCUUCUCUUGUCUUUCUUUAUAAUAAAAUAUAUUUGAAGGU